AUGGCUGUCAUCCCUUUCCACAAAAUUGAAGGUGAUCAUCAUCAUCAUCAUCAUAAUAAUCAUCACAACCCUCCAUCAAAAUCAGCGAAAUUCGUAGCUCUCAUUUGUGGAGUUACAGGGAUUGUAGGAAGGGAGCUUGCCAGAAACCUUCUUUCCUCAAAAUCCACUCACUGGAAAGUUUAUGGCAUAGCUCGAGCUUCACAUUCACAAUCCCAAAUCAAAGAAACCAUCAAGAACCACUCAAACUUCCAUUACAUUUCCUGUAAUCUCCAAAACCCAUCCGAAACUCAACAGAAGCUGUCCUGUUUAACUGAUGUUACCCAUGUCUUUUGGGUAACUUGGGCAAGCCAGUUCCCUCUUGAUACUCCAGAGUGUUGCGAGGAAAAUAAGGUUAUGAUGUCCAAUGUUUUGAAUGCUGUUUUGCCGCAGGCAAAAGGGCUAAAGCAUUUUUCUCUGCAAACAGGGACAAAGCAUUAUAUCUCAUUCGAUGAACCGUUGAUUAACUCAUCUGGGCAAAUUCAGUUGUACGAUGAGCAAUGUCCCCGGGUCGGAAAAGGGUUUAAUUUCUAUUAUGUCCUGGAGGAUUUGCUGAAGGAGAGAUUAGAAGGGAAGAUUCCGUGGUCGAUUCACAGGCCUGGAUUGAUCAUGGGUUGCUCGAACAGGACUCUGUACAAUUUCAUUGGUACAGUUUCUGUUUAUGGCACAAUCUGUAAGAAAUUGAAGCUUCCAUUUUUGUUUGGUGGGACAAAAGAAUGUUGGGAGGAGGUUUACAUUGAUGCUUCUGAUGUAAGAUUGGUUGCAGAACAGCACAUUUGGGCAGCUACAGAGGAAACUGUGCAAUGUUCUUCUCAUGGUCAAGCUUUCAAUUCGAUUAAUGGGUCGGAUUUCACUUGGAAGGAGAUUUGGCCAGCAAUUGGGCUGAAAUUUGGCAACUCUGAUCAUGAUGCGUUUUUGUGUCAAGAUUUCUCUUUUACCGCAUCUAUGGCGGAUAAGGGACAACUUUGGAGAGAAAUUGUGGAGGAAGAAGGGUUGGUCCAAACAGAGAUGGAUGAUUUGGCAAAUUGGGAGUUUCUGGAUAUAUUGUUUCGAUUCCCAAUAAAAAUGCUUGGAAGCCGUAAGAAAGCUGAUGGAUUUGGAUUCACCAUGAAGUUCCAAACGUUGGAUUCAAUACUGUAUUGGAUCGACAUCAUGAGACAUGAGAAGCUAAUCCCAUGA